AUGUUGCCCAUCCUGGUUGGUAUUCGAUACGAGAUUCUCAAGAAACCAAGAGGCGAAAGCUAUGGAACCAUCAGCGAAGGCAGCGAAGUUCCCGGCGACGCAAGCGCCGAGUUCAUCUUCAACCACGUGUUUGAGGUCCUGUAUGACCGUCUCGUCGCAGAUGCCAAUUUCCAGUUCCGUGAGAACGAGCUCACUGUCCGGGACGUGACAACUUGGCAAGAUUUCAAGGCUCUCCAGUCUGACCACGUGUUCUACUGGGACAAGUACUACAAGAUCUCGGGCAAGGCAACAAAACCAGAAUGGAAGGCUCCCAGGGCAUCUGUUCAGAUUGCUCUAGUGAUUUCGGGCAGGGAGUGGCAACGACGCACGGAAAUGUUAGCAGCGUCUGAACCUGAUGCCGACUCAAAUGAAAAUUCUGUCAGUGCCACAGCGAGCGCCGUCCAGACUCGGGUCACUCGGUUUACAGCAUCCGUCUCGAAUGCAUCUGAUCAAACAGAGGCCAGCACCAUCAGGAGUCUGGCUCAAUCCACUGAUCGUAUUUUGAUCAGGCACUUGCGGUACGGAAUCUCAUGUUCCAAUCAACUCACCUUGGCUGAAUUUGUCUGCCUAGAUGUCCCAACUUGCAAGCAGAUUCUAUUUUUCCGCAUUUAUCCCAAAGCCAUGGACGCACUGUUCACUCAGGACGAGGCGGCGAUGCAGUUUGUGUGCGAUCCGGCUGUGGCUGAGCCAGGCACACUCAGUGUUGUCCUGUCUGCUGCUUUAGGGUCUGGUAGUUUCAAGGACGCAUACGAAGGUUUCCUCACCCUUGUUCGACCAUCAACGUCUCCCACUGGGCUCGGAUCAACUGUGAAUCAACGCGUUGCGGCCAAACGGAUGAUCGAUACAAAGGCCAGUCGACGUGAUACAGUCGGAAUCAGACGGUUCAGUCCGGCAGUCGAACUUGAGCAGAGCAUUUGCAAAGGGAAUCUGCUGCUUUGGGCAACCUCACUGUUCGACCUCACAGAUACUUUUGUCCGUCAUCAGCUCAGUAAGCUCGGGGAGCCGCCCUCCAAUCUUGUCAUCCCGGACAUUCGAUUUGUCGAGGGCGGCGUUGCACAAGUCCACAACACUGUCACUGGUACCAAUGUUGUCCGGGCAUCAUCCCUGCGCCGUUCUGUCAUCAUUGAAGAACUGAUUCCCUCUUGCUUUGUCAAAUUUGUCCAUAAUCGCGCCGCUGUUCCUCAUUUAGAUCCUGAUCACCCGUCGUAUCACAUUGCGCUCUAUCUCUGUUUCACGCAGCAUGUUCAGUACGUGUACUCUGGACGGAGCAUGUUCUUGUCGGACUAUCAAGGCUCUGAAUCCCUUCUCACGGAUCCUCAGAUCAUGACCACUCCCGAGAUUGCCAAACAGCGUGGAACACCAAUGUUUGGCGGUGGCAACAUCAGUGAGCUCUUCAACGUGUUUUGUAACCAACACGUACCGCUCCGGGUUUCCAUACUGCACGGCGUUCUUCAGUACGGCAAUUCCCUGGGCGGAAAAAUCCCAGAAACAACGAAGAAGAUGUUUUUCUGGUGGGCUGACAAGCAUGGCGCGCAUUUAGCGCUCGAGGAUCUUCCCAUUGGCAAGCAAAGUGAUGGCACUGCUUGCGGCAUCCUUGCCCUUGAUGCCGUCACUCGGGCAGUCUAUCCAAAUGAUCCGUCCUAUUCUCAAAGCAAUGUUCUGCUCCUACGUAUCAACUUGUUCAAUAGGAUUUCAAAUCGAGUUGUCAAUCGCGUAAGACAUUUCAUUAAUGCUUCGUUCUGCCCCACUGACAUCUUUGAGGAUGUUGAUCUAUUUGAAUCCUCCUCACCUUGUCCCCACCGCCCGCCGCCAUCAUUGAAAAAACUCGUACGCGAUGCGAAGUUCAGCAUCCAGAGUCUGUCCCGUUCAGCCAUGGAUCCUGUGAAUGAGGGCAUGGCAUCUGAGACGACCUCACUGCCAUUUGACAACAUCUUUUCCCUCAAACGUGGCAACAAUCAUAAGGAUGCGCCAACACCAAAUCCUAGUCUGGUCAAGAAGCGUGUUUGGCAGGCUGGCAAGGAGAGAGACAAGCCGCCACCACCGCUAACGUUCUCUUCAUCCAUUAAUGGGCCCAAGUCUACAACAUUUGCCCACUCCUCCCAAGCCCAAGCUUGUUCCACGUACCGGGAAGAUCAACUCGUAUUUGUCAGGGGACGCCGUGCUCCUUGGGCACAUGACCAUGCACGUGACCAACUGCGCCCUCUCUGCCGACCUGUGCCUGCUCACCUGUUGAUCACCCUGCCUCCUCCUCCUCCUCCGAUCCUUAUCUCCAUCCGUGCCAACAUCCGCCCUCUCUCUCCUUCCCCCGGCCAUCUCUUUCGAAUCCCUGCAAGCGGUCUAGCCAAGCCUGAUUCCUUGCACCAGGGAGUGCUACUGCCGCUCAUACCAGAUGCCUUUGCGCUCAUCCACACCACCCCUCUUCCCAGUCGGGCAUUGGUCCUUGCCUCCGAUGUCUCCACUGGCUGGCCCGGCACUGGCCUGGCCACUGGGCUUCUCCAGUGUGGGCUUCCACUGUUGGUGUCUCAGAGGCUGGCCAUCACUGGCCCCUCUGAGUCACUCACUAUCUUAUCCGGGCUGGCAGGAGUUGCCCUUACAGAUGCGGAUUCAUUGAGCAACAACAAGCCUAGUGACAGUUUGGACGCAGAGUCCCAUGCAGCUGAUUCCAGCACCACAUCAUUGCCGUCUGAUCCAAAAGGCAACAAGCAUCAUCGUUUCCACAUUGAUACUACUGCCUUUGAGAUGUGUUGUGUCGGGGACUUUGACUGCUCUCAGACAAGUAUGACAUCAUGCAAAGCAUUGGAUGCGAUUUGCAAACGCUACCAAUCCGAUCCGAAACUCUACCAAGAGCUCACUGGUGGGGAGGACAAGAGUUCAGACAUUGAGUCAACGGAUCUCUUCAUUGGGAAGGAAUCAAACAAUAAUUUCGACGAAACUGAUGCGCCUAUUGAUCUUGUGAUUGGUCAAGUCAUCUCUGCCAGUUUGAAAUCCCUUCCCAAUGGCUACCAAAUGGAUGAAGACUCGUCGAUUCAAUGCACGGGUGUAGCAGUAGACACCGAGGCAGAGAUUGAUGCUGAAUCACUUCCCUUAGCGCAGUACCGUUCAAGACAAGCUCAGGUUGCCUCUGGUUGGCUUGGAGGCUUGGGAAUGUGCGAAGAACACUAG